GUCCUGCAGGAAAUGCUUCGAUCUGCUUUUGGUUCUGUAUGAAACUGGUGACUAGGGGCUCGGCUCGCUCCGCCGCCGCCCGCCGGCACCUGGAUGCGCGGGCCGCCGCCGCCUUGCCCGCCGCCGCCGCGAUGCACCGCUCGUGGCGGUGCUGGUGAUCGCUCGGGUGUGAUGGGAUUGAGCCGGCGGUGAUCAUUUGAAGGCGGUGAGGGAGAGCGAAGGAGAGGAAGGGCUGCUCCGCUCUGCUGUGUGUGGGCUUCGGAAUUUUUUUUUCUUUUUUCCUUUUUUUUUUUUUCUUCUUCUUUUCCUACUUCCAUCCUCUCCCCGCCACUGGAAGUCCUCCCGUAUCUAAAUGGAAUUAGUGGAGACCGAAGCCCCUUGUGUAAGGAACAGACAUGACCCAUGGGCGCAGCUUCCUUCACAUUGUAGCAAGUCUAAUCAUCCUACACUUGUCUGGGGCAACCAAAAAAGGAACAGAAAAGCAAACUACUUCCGAAGGACAGAGACCAGUGCAGUGUGGAACUUGGACAAAAUAUGCAGAAGGAGGCAUCUUCACUUCUCCAAAUUACCCCAACAAGUAUCCUCCGGACAGAGAGUGUGUCUACAUUAUAGAAGCUGCUCCUAGACAAUGCAUUGAACUACAUUUUGAUGAAAAAUAUUCCAUAGAGCCCUCUUGGGAGUGUAAAUUUGACCACAUUGAAGUACGAGAUGGACCUUUUGGCUUUUCCCCAAUCCUUGGACGUUUCUGUGGACAGCAAAAUCCACCUAUGAUAAAAUCCAGUGGCAGAUUCCUGUGGAUUAAAUUUUUUGCUGAUGCUGAACUGGAAUCUAUUGGGUUUUCUGCUCGGUAUAAUUUUACACCUGAUCCAGAUUUUAAGGACCUUGGUGUUUUGAAGCCAUUGCCAGUUUGUGAGUUUGAGAUGGGAGGACCUGAAGGAAUUGUGGAAUCUGUACAAAUUGUUAAAGAAGGAAAAGCUUCUGAAACUGAAGCAGUAGACUGUAAAUGGUACAUCCGAGCACCACCCCGAUCCAAGAUCUAUUUGCGAUUCUUGGACUACGAGAUGCAGAAUUCCAACGAAUGCAAAAGGAAUUUUGUAGCAGUCUAUGACGGAAGCAGCUCUGUGGAGGAUUUGAAGGCAAAGUUUUGCAGCACAGUUGCUAAUGAUGUAAUGCUGAGGACAGGUCUGGGUGUAAUCCGCAUGUGGGCAGAUGAAGGCAGCCGAAACAGCCGAUUCCAGAUGCUCUUCACAUCUUUCCAAGAACCCCCUUGUGAAGCCAACACAUUCUUUUGCCACAGUAACAUGUGUAUAAAUAAUACACUGGUCUGCAAUGGACUCCAGAACUGUGUGUAUCCCUGGGAUGAAAACCACUGCAAAGAAAAAAGAAAAGCAAACCUAUUGGACCAACUUACCAAUACCAGUGGGACUAUAAUUGGGGUGACUUCUUGCAUUGUGAUCAUCCUCAUUGUUGUCUCUAUUAUAGUACAGAUCAAGCAGCCUCGUAAAAAAUUUGUCCAAAGGAAAACAGACUUUGAUCAAACAGUGUUCCAGGAGGUGUUUGAGCCUCCUCAUUAUGAGUUAUGCACCCUUAGAGGGACAGGGACUACAGCUGACCUUGCUGAUGUUGCAGAUGACUUUGAAAAUUAUCAUAAACUGCGGAGAUCCUCUUCAAAAUGCAUUCAUGACCAUCACUGUGGAUCACAAGUGUCUAGUAUUAAGGGCAGCCGUAGUAACCUCAGCACAAGAGAUGCUUCUGUCUUGACAGAAAUACAACCCCAGCCUGUAAAACCACUUGUUCAGCCCAUGAACAGAAGAAAUAUCCUUGUCAUGAAGCAUAGCUACUCACAAGAUGCUGCAGAUGCGUGCGAGAUAGAUGAAAUUGAAGAGGUGCCAACCACAAGUCACAGGCUGUCCAGACAUGAUAAAGCUGUUCAGCGGUUCUGCCUCAUUGGGUCUCUAAGCAAACAUGAGUCUGAGUACAACACAACUAGGGUCUAA